AUGGAAUUAGUCGACUUGUCUACACAGGAACUGAGCACCCUUUUGAAGAAUAUAGUAAACGACAAGGGCAAUACAGCUUCUAUAGAAUUUGUCAGAUCUGAGAGUUUUGUACAACUAUUGCGUGUAUUUGGCUAUUCCAGCAAGGAAUCCAUAAAACCUAUUUCUCUUGUAAUUUUAACAAAACUGUGCGAAAAUGCAGAGGUCAAAGAACUAUUCCAACAAACCUCUUCAAAACUAAUACGUCAAUGGCUAGAAUCAACCGAGAAACAAGAAAAAUUAUGCUCACAUUCCGCAUUGUCUGCUGUUUUCCAGACAAACAAUGAAGUUGGCUCCUCGAUUCUAUCACAAGAUGGUCUUCUCGAAGAAAUAAUGGAUUGUGUAGAAUUUGAAACUGAGCAGGUUCAGAUUGCCGUUGCUGACAUGUUAUCACAUGCGUGUUCACAAAAAGCUUGUCGUGCAUUAGUAGUUACCCAUUGCCGUGGUUAUCUUUUGACGGUAAUGACUGAGAGCAAAAACGAAAAGCUUAAAGCUGCCGCGGCUGUCGCCUUAUCCAAAAUUCUUUUGGAUGAAAAAACUUCAAAAGCUGUUGAUCAAGUUGCCGAGAAUAGUGUAUCGGAUGACAGUAUGCAACUUGCAGAGUUAUUUCAAAAAAUGGUCUUGAACGAUGAGUCGGAUAUUUCGGUAAGGUUGAAUGCUGUUGAAGGAUUAACUUAUGCUAGCAUAAAGCCCAAAGUUAAAGAGAUGAUCACGUACCAUCCAACCUUGUUGAAAGGACUAUUCACAUUUGUUAAAGAUUCUGAAAAGACAAGCAACACUCUAUUCUAUGGUGUUGUUGUGAUAUUAGCUAAUAUUACUACGUAUCAAAAACCUUUAAGCGAAAAAGAACAACAAAUUCUUAAACUUAAAAAAUUGGCAGGCGAAGCGUCGACACUAGAACCCGAUCCAUUAGAUUCUGAAGAACACGUAUUGAAACGUAAUCAACGUGUUCUAGAAUUGGGUGCUAUUAAUAUUUUAAAUAUACUCGCAAAGAACUCGAGUCAAAUAAUUCGGCAAUCUGUGGCCCAAGUUUUUCUUAAUCUUUCAACUGAUCAAAAAAAUCGUGGUGCAAUUGUUCAACAAGGUGGUGUAAAGUCAUUGAUACCAUUAACAACAAACGGGACACAAGAGGGAACUUGUCUCGCGUCACAAGCGUUGGCAAAGAUUGCAAUCACGACGGAUCCAUCUCUUGCAUUUAGGGGAGAAAGAGCGGUAGAACUAGUAACACCAUUCUUAACCUUAUGCAAGGGUGAAAAUGAACUUUUUCAAUUCGAAGCGCUGAUGGCAUUGACGAAUCUUGGAAGUGUUGAUGACAGUGUAAGAACGAAAAUUGUUGACGCUAAAGGAAUAAUAACCAUUGAAAACCUACAAUUUUCGGAUAAUACAAUGAUUAGACGCGCGGCCACGGAAUGCCUUUGCAAUAUGAUGUUUUGUGAGCCGGUCUAUGAGAUGUACAGCGACCCAAACAGAUCCACAAACAAAAUAAAAAUUUUAUUGGCAUUGUCUGAUGUCGACGAUUUUCAAACUCGACGCGCGUCCAGUGGUGCCCUUGCCAUUCUCUCGACUAGUCCUGAGGUAUGUCGUAUGAUAGUGGAUCGACCAAGAGGAGUUGAGGUUUUACUUUUGUUGCUAAAUGAAGAGUCACCGGAAUUACAACAUCGAAGCGCUGAAUGUAUUAAAAAUAUCGCUAAAGUUGAACAGAAAUUGGCCGAAUCGCUUGUUAACAAUAAAGUGGAUGAACGCUUAGUUAAAAUGAUUAAAGAUAGUAAAGUUGAGGCUGUGGUAAUGACAGCUGCAGAAGCUUUGAAAGAAAUAGCCAAAUAUGGUAUUUUGAAGAAAGAAAUUACAGAAACACUAAAUAUUUAA